AUGCCGAUCCCUAGACUUCCUAUAUGGUCAGAAGUGUCAACUAAUUCACAGAGGUUGACACUAAUUCGAAGAAAUAUUCCUCCGGACAUGGUCGAUGUCGAGCUCAUUCAGUUGUGCGUGCCUUAUGGUCCGCUUUCCAACUAUAUGAUGCUUAAAGGAAAAAGUCAGGCGUUUGUCGAGUACGAAGACGAACACAGUGCGGUCGGAUUCGUCACGUCGAUGAACGCGGUGCCAAUUCAGGUAAGCGACCUGUGA